AUGACCGAUGGGCACAAGUACUGGUUAAACUAUCUAGAAUUCCUUUCUAUUGCAGUUAGAAGUGCAAGGUACAAUGCAAGAAAGGGGACUGAACCACAAAUAAGUCUUCAGAUAAUGCAUACAAAUAUAGAGGAAGAGGAUGGAUACACUAAUUUAAAUCACCUGCCACAGCAUCCAACCAGACACUACAUGUCCCUGAACAUCAACCAAGGGCGCUCUAUUCCCUUUGCUGUGUGGGGGCCAGCUAUCUUCACUUUGUUUGCGCUGUGCCUGGCCCUCACUAUCGGAAUGAUAGUUUUAGGUCUCAGAGGUUCUAAGGCACCUACUGGAUAUAAUGAAAACUUGCAAGGACUAAAGGAGAAAUUAUGCUUGAUGGGUGGCGCAAACAAUGACAAUGACAGACCUGCAUGUUCACUCUGCCCUGUAAACUGGAGAUGGGUUGGAGGUGACACCUGUUUCUACCUUUCAGAAACAGGGGUCACAUGGCAGGAAAGUGAAGACUUUUGCUUCUCCCUGAAUGCCACCCUUCUUAUGCUGAAAAUGAAAAGCAAGUUGGUACAUUAGUAUGUCUCAAAUAUCAAAAAAAAACAAUCUUAUCGGAUUGGAUUAUCAUAUGGAGUUGAUGGUUGGUCUUGGACAGAUGACACAAAGCUUUCUACAAAGAGAAUGGACUGGAUUUCUUUGUUCUCUAAGCAGAACUGUGCGUACCUGUUUUAUCUUAACUCAAGAGUUUACAGUGAGAAUUGUUAUAAGCAACAUCCCUGGAUCUGUGAGAAGGCAGCAGUCCAGUUGAUCUAA